AUGAAUGGCUCACAACCCGUAUUAUCAGACCAUUUAAGAUAUAUGAAUGGUUCAAAUGAGACCACCGAAGAAUGCAUUGUCGACACUAAUGGACAUGAAUUUGAAUGGAUUUCUGAUCCCAGAGUUAAUCUAGAACUAGAAGAUCUCAAGACAUCAACUCAAUUGAUCACCAAAUUGGAUGUCGAGCUCAACGAAUCGCGUAAUCAUUUUCAUGUAAUGCUUAGCGAGUCUUCAAAUAAAAUCUCAGAUUUGGCCAAAAAGUUAGGCAAUUGUGUCGAUAAAGUCAAACCCUACUAUGAGGCAAAAGUUAGAGCUAAAGACCUUAAAUCAGAUGUCGAGAGAGCGGUCAUCAGAUACGAUAAGUCCAUCACUUCUCUUGCGAUGGCAAAAGAAAUGGUCAAAUUGGCAGAAGAAAGUCUCCAGAAGGAGAAUAAUGUGAUGAAUACUUCGUGGCAGCAAAUGCUCAAUCAUUCAACCAUUAAAGUUAAUCAAUGGGAAAGACAACGAACUUUGGAACAAACAAACCAUCAAAGGAUAUCUCAAGAUUAUAAUAAUGCCCAACAACUGGCCUUACAAUUGCAUAAACAACUUAAACAUUCAAUCAAUAAAACCAGUUUGGAGUCUCGAAGACAUUUAUUACAAUUAAAUAAUAUUACGAAUCAACACGAAUUACAAUUGUUGCCAUACUUUGAAAUGAAAGGACAGUUCAAUCAAAUGAUGGACGAUCAAAUUAGUAAAAUGCGAUCAUUAGAGGAGAGAGUGUCAAAAGCCAAACUCAAUUACUCGAAGGCAUUGCAAAGACUGGAAGAAAUCAACAAUGAGAUGAAUCAGAGGAGAAAAGUCGACAAUUUGUUGCUUCACGAGGACAGGGGUAUUGGCGCCGGCGCUGAAUCAUCUGAUGCCGUCUCACCUAAACUUAGGAAAUCAUUCCGCAAAUUAAGUCUCGAAACAGAAGACCUCUCACAGAUGUUGACGCUUAAGAGUGAAUGGUUUACUAAAAGGAAUGCCAAAAGUGAGACAAAUAGUGAUAGAGAUGACACCGAAAGUAUGACUACGACAGACACUUUAGAUGAUACAGUCAUCGAUAACACUAUGAUUGUCGAUCGUGUUUCAGAUACCGACAAACCAUAGUUUGUUUUUAAAUUAAAUAAAAUAAAAUAGCAUUUAUUUAGUUUAAUUAAUUUUAUUGUACCACA